AUGGACCUGCGAGAAACGGUUUCACUGCCCCUGCCUCCGUCGCUCCGCUCGCGCCUCCUCGCCGCCGGCUUUCUCACUGUCGCGGAUUUCCACACGCUCAAACCGGAGGACCUCGCUCGCGAUGCGUCUCUGACCUUGGAGGAUGCGAAGCAUGUGCUGGGGGUGGCAGCGGGGAGCAUUCAGACGAGCAUCAUUCCCACUGCUGCUGGCAUUGCAGGUGCACGAUCCGCAUGGGAGCUUCUAGAAGCAGAGAGGGGCAGGGGGAGGGUGCAGACGAUGUGUGCUGAGCUGGAUGCGAUGCUGGGAGGGGGGGUGGCUCUGCAGGAGCUCACCGAGAUAUGUGGGCCGCCAGGAGUUGGCAAGACACAGCUGGGCAUGCAGCUGGCUAUUAACGUGCAGACGCCUGCUGUGCUGGGAGGGGUGGAAGGCGAAGCAGUCUACAUUGACACAGAGGGGAGCUUUAUGGUGGAACGGGCAGCAGAGAUGGCUGACGCAUGGGCUGCUCACUGCACUGCUGCUGCCACUGCCAUAGAUGCACCUACCCCAGAUACCACCGCCCCCAUGUCAGCAGCGGUGGCAUCAAAGGCGUCUAGAGCAGCAGCGCUGGCAGGGGUGCAUUACUUGCGAGUGUAUGACCACACGGAGCAGACUGCUCUCGUGCACUCGCUGCCGCACCUGCUCGCUCUGCACCCCAAGGUGCGUGCUGGGAUGGCAUGUGUGUAUCAGCAGUAG